UAUUUAAGGCCAGGACUACUUUGCUCUGGGAACUAAGCCACACACCACACUACCUAGACCACUUGAACCAGCUCUCUCUCUCUCUUUUGCCUAGUACUUAUGGCCAUGGCUAAGCUUCUCUGCAUUCUGCUUCUAGCUCUCCUUGGCAUUUCCAUGGUUGCAACCCAGGUCAUGGCAAAAGAAGCUCAGUACCACCUUCAAAGUGGGCAAAAUGGACAAGGGAGUCUUAAGAGUUACCAAUGCCCAUCACAAUGCUCAAGAAGAUGUAGCCAGACACAGUACCACAAACCAUGCAUGUUCUACUGCCAAAAAUGUUGUGCCAAGUGCCUGUGUGUUCCUCCUGGCUACUACGGAAACAAGGCUGUGUGCCCUUGCUACAACAACUGGAAGACCAAGAGUGGAGGCCCCAAAUGCCCUUAAACUCUAGCUUUUUAAUUUAUGUUCUUAAUUUAUUCCCACCAAGAAUUAGUACGAGUUUUAUUGUUGGUUUUAUUUAUACUUUAUAAUCAGGUCAUUAAUUUAUUGACCUAGUUAUUCUCCCCCAUGUGAAAUUUAUUUCACUGCUCCAAGGGGUUUUGUCAUUUGUAAACCCCAUGUGACUAUGAGGGCAGCAUGACCAAACUUAGUCAAUGUACUUUUGUCCAUUUCUUUCAUGAAUGAAAUGUGCAUUAAUUUAUCAAUAAUAAUGAAAAAUUAUAGGUGGUUGAUUCUAUUAAA